UGGGACGUUUCUAUGAUACUAAAGGAAGCUGGCCUCGACGAACUUCUGUUGGACCAGCACGACAACUCACUACUCGCUGCUGAUGCUACACGACGUCCAGUCCGUCAGCCAAUCAAGGUCUCCAAUCGGAUAUCCCAAGGGUUCUUCGAUGGCACACCACAUCGCGCUCACUCUUCUGGGCGUCUCAAUCCCAGCGAUACGUCAUCCCGACCCAGUAUUUUUGACUGGGCUCGAAAUCUUUUCUCCGCCGGACCCAGUAGUGCAGAGAUCGAGUUGCACGAGCGUGGCUCAGCGGUCGCCGACGUUCCGUAUGCCAAGGGUAAACGCAGGAACGCAUCGGCACGAGAAAAAAGGAUGAUAAUCAUUCCUUUGAAAUCCAAGAAUACUGCUGCAAGCACCUCACGCGCCCCAAAUAGCAAUGCCACGCAAUCCAGUGGUGCGGCUCAGGCUCAGUCUUCUUCGCAACUACAUGCUACCGCCUCCGCCUCCACCGCACAUCCCGUUGUUGCUAAUACAACUUCGAGCACUAAUCCUCAUGCAACGAUAAAACAUGCUGGACGAUGGACUCGCUUUUGGCUCUUUUUAUGUUGUGCCUCUCCUGAAUAUACCGAUGGUCAUCAUUAAGAUUCUACCCUGUUUGUUUUCUCGUCCUUUACAAAAAUCUCCAUUAUCAUCUGAUAUGCUAUGAUGUUCAUCUCAUCCAUCGAAUACAUGCAAAGAAUUCAUAGUCAUCUAUCGCACACUUUGUAUACCACGGUUCAUUCUAUCUUUUGUCGUUGCCAACAAGUAAGGCUUCGCUGGUUAGGAAAGGUGGUCUUUCCAAUGAACUUGCGUACUGGUGAAAUGAGAA